AAAAUAUUACGAUAAUAUUGAAAAUUAAAUAAAAAAACCCAUAGAAACAAAUUUUUAUUUCUUAAUGUAUACCUACCUGAAUACCUUAGCGCCCUCUACAUAGACGCCAUCUAAACGUUGGUUUGCUGCCCGCCCGCCAUAAAUUCUCUUUGGCCCAUUGAGCUAACGUUUGCUGUAAACAGUUUUUUUUCAGGUUUCGCCUGUUUAGGAAUCUUGUUUGAUUGAAAUGUCUGAUGACGGAUCUACGACGGUGGAGAAGAAAGGACGCGGUAGACCAAAAUCUAAUGGAACCCAAUCGGAUGCGAAAGAAGUUAAGAAAAGAGGGAGACCACCAGCAGCCGGUAAACCCAAAGAAUCUGCAAAAUCAUCAGAUGAUGAACAGGCGCCGGUAGCAAAAAGAGGCAGAGGAAGGCCUAAGGGAUCGAAAAAAAAGACUAUUGGCAAGGGAAAGGGUGGAUCAGAAGGCAGGGGUCGUGGCCGACCACGCAAGGAUGCUCCACCACCCAAAAAAGAUGCUGCCUCUACUGAAGAAGAACAAGAUGACUAUGAGGAGGAUGAGGGCUCCGAAGACCAAUAAAGUGUUUCUUGACUUAAAACACUUACUUUAGUGUAAUUUGUUUGUCAUGAUAACUCUCAUUGUGUAUGUUACUUAUGAAUAUAUUCAUUUUGUUGUAGAUGUUUACAUGAUUGUAAAUGUUGGUAAGAAAUUUUUGUAAAUUCACACAUAGGGUUAUCCUGACAGCACAAAACUCUUUACUGAGAUUGUCCAUCCAAAGGUUAAUCGUGCAAGAUACACUUACUCUUAUAAUAGAAUCAAAAUAUAAUGUGUGAUCAAAAUGCAUUUACUUAAAAUAUAUCUAAAAUGGAUAAUUAAUGUCUUGCAUGAGUAAAUUUGGGCAGACUUGGCUCUCCUUAGAACGUACAACUUUAAGAUAUAAUUCAUAAGACCCUUUUUUUGUAGAUUCUAUACAAAUAGGUAUUUUGUAAUCUCCUGAUUUAUUAUAAGAUAUGAUACAAUUUUUAGAUUUAUGAUUUGACAUUCAAGUCAAGUAUUAUUUUCUAUAAUAAAUAUGUUCAUUUUUUAUAAUAAUUUUAUUUGUUCCCACUGGUAUUGAUGUCUAACAAUAUUUUUUUAGUUUAAAUAUCUUGGAAUCAAUAACACUGCUGUUCCGUAAAACUAGAUCUUGUAGUGGUAUGAGUAGUGCCAUUUUGUAUUAAACUUUAUUAAAUUUGGCAGACUGAUAAAAAGUAUUGUUUUUAUUGACUUUUACUGUGUGUAUGUGCAUGAAUGUACAAUUUAGGACAAAGUAUAAAUAAAUAAAUUCACUAAGUAAA